GCGGCGCUCCCCGCCAGAGCAGCGGCAUGAAGGAGCCGUCGCUGCCCGGCACCUCGCUGCAGCGGGCCUGCCGCCUCCUCGUCGCCUUCUGUGCCCUCCACCUCUCGGCCACGCUGCUAUACUACCUGGCGGGCAGCGCCCUGGGGCCGCCGGGCAGCCCCGAGCCGCCGCCGCGCCGCCCACCGCCCGCCAACCUCUCGCUGCCGCUCUCCCGCCCGUCGCCGCCCGCCGCCCGGGCCCGAUCCCCACCCGCCCAGCCGCCGCUGGGCCCCUGCCCCGAGCCCUCCCCGCUGCUCGUUGGUGCACUGCGUGUGGAGUUCUCCCAGCCUGUAAACCUGGAAGAAGUGGCAAGAAUAAACCCACAGGUCAGAGCAGGAGGUCGUUUUGCUCCGAAGGACUGUGUAGCACUUCAGAAGGUAGCAAUAAUCAUACCGUUCAGGAACCGAGAGGAGCACCUCAAGUACUGGCUCUAUUACCUGCACCCAAUUCUCCAGAGGCAGCAACUAGAUUAUGGAGUAUAUGUUAUCAACCAGGAUGGAGAAGAAGAAUUUAACCGUGCUAAACUGCUGAAUAUUGGAUUUGCAGAGGCCUUAAAGGAGUAUGACUAUGAUUGCUUUGUGUUUAGUGAUGUAGACCUCAUCCCAAUGGAUGACAGGAACACCUACAAAUGUUACAGCCAGCCACGACACCUCUCUGUAUCCAUGGAUAAAUUUGGAUUUCGGUUGCCUUACAAUCAGUAUUUUGGAGGCGUGUCCGCCCUGAGCAAAGAGCAGUUCACAAAGAUCAAUGGGUUCCCAAACAAUUACUGGGGCUGGGGUGGUGAAGAUGAUGACAUUUAUAACAGGCUGGUGUUUAAAGGCAUGGGGAUAUCCCGUCCGGAUGCGGUCAUUGGGAAGUGCAGAAUGAUCCGGCAUUCCCGGGACAGGAAGAAUGAACCCAACCCCGAGAGGUUUGACCGAAUUGCUCACACACGGGAGACAAUGAAUUCUGAUGGCUUAAAUACACUAUCCUACAAGGUGUUAAGAACUGACAAAUACCCUCUCUACACAAAGAUCACAGUGGAUAUAGGCUCCCCCAAUAGCUAACAUCAGAGACACAACAGAGACUUCCCUAUAUUGCCCAGGAUAUCUGGCCUCACUGAUGCAUUAUAUGUGCUGGUUUUAAAAGAGUUGCAGUGAACCAAAAAAAAAAAAAAAACGGCCUCUUUUGGCAUGCCAAAGUGUCUCCAAAUUGGUUGGACAAGUGCUUUUUAAAUUUUUUUUUUAAAUUUCAAACUUGACUUUACACAACUUUCUAGCUCUCCGUCGUUUUGUAAGUCCAGAAGCUGUACAUACGAGUUGUAAAUAGUUACUUUGCCAUAAAAUGUUGAAUCUGAUCUAUUUGCUGCAGUACUCCCCAUGUCGAAUUAAUUGCUGGACUCAAAAUUUUCUGAUUAUGACUGUGAUAGAUCAACAGUUACUGCCCAUGAUAUUUGGUAUUUUGAAUGAGGUGUGUGCAGGCAUUCUUUUUAAUUCAUUCCUGGUUUUACUUUAUGAAGGACUCUAAAAUGCUGCUAAAAUUGUCCAAGUUUACGCUUUGCAUUAGAUUUUUUUAAAUGGAGACAGCAAAAUACAACUUUUUUCUCAGAGUGACCAAAACAUCUCCUCUAUGUGCAGAGCAGGUGUUGAACAAUCAAGUCUGGAUUCAAUGAAUGUCAUUAUUUCUUUUAGUUUCAAAGGAGGCUUUGAGUGAGUUGACACAGUUUGCCAGAAUUUGUGGAUAAGCUCCCUGCACAGUGUGGGAAGCUAUACAGAUGACCUCUCUAAAAUCUGCUGGCUUCAGAUAACCUUACUUCUGGAUAUGAUAGAGAUUAUUUGCUUCAGCACAACACCACCUAGGAUUUUUUUGGGGGGUGGAGGAGUUCAGAGAGGUGUUUGCAGUGUUGAUUUGUCUUUUGGGUUUUUUUUUUCCAUGAAAUAAAGAUUAAUUUCAUUGCACAAAUAAAUUAUGGCCUUAACAUUUGCUAACAUUUGUUAGCGGUGUUGGGAAGUUACCACGCUAUUUAAGCGUUGUCUGAAGCUUCCUAAAACCAAAAUUUUCUCUUGCAAGGUUGUGCAUAAAACUUGAAAUCUUUUAUUACUUUUGUUGUUGUAACAUUUUAAUAACUUUUAAAAGCAAUUUGUGUAUCAUAAGCAGUAUAUUUAAUACCAGAUUAAAGUAGGGUGCAGCGUAAUAGGAUGUGAUUCAAAGCCUCCUUUAUCUUUAGACUAGUAGGCUUUUCAUGUGCAUCAUUAUGUAUAAGCCAUGUAUUUUGUUUGCUCUGUGUAUUUGUCUAUUAAAUCUCCUGCGGUGCUGAGAUAUUCACAGCAGGGCCGACAUCCAAA